AUAAUUCAUUGUUGCGUCUACUUCUCUUCCCCUAGAUACACAUUUUCCAUUCCCAAUUAGUUUCCUCUCCCAACUUCUUCUUCAUCAGGGUGUCAAUAUUGAUUGAUCAUUUCUCCCUGGUUUUGAUUUGCUUCUUGAAGUUUGAGUCGCCUUAUCAGAAUACUAGUCAUCCUUCUUUUCGGGCUUCUCUCUCAUCAUCCACAAAUGCUAGUAACAAGGUGUGGCCACAGAUUCUUUAAGUUCCGGACCCCAUCGGUAUUGCUGAUCAGUCUCUUUCUCUCAAGUCUUUGAAUGCCAAAACUAUCCUUGUUCACCAACAAAUAUUCCUUCCCGAUCUCACUAGAAUUCUUGGGGGAAAUCCCAUUUUUCCAAGAAAACUAGUGCUAUAGUCGAAGGUGUGCCAACAUAUUUACUUUCUUGGUUAAUUCCCGUGUCAAAUGUUAGCUUACAAGAAGUACGACUUCUCACGUGCGGUGGUGGAGAUGGCAUGGAUCAUGCUAAGGAUUGACUACUCCAGGCUCUCUUGGCUCCUCUUUGGUGUCUUCUCCUACGAAAAUCAUGAAGGAAAGCCCCGGAUUUAGAUGCUCUUUUAUCUCCGUCGACCCACCAAUUACCCUUUUUAUAUUUAUGUUGACUUGAAAAUUUGUUUUCAAUUUUCAAUUAAUUUCAAAAAAAAAAAAAAUUUGUUUUCAAUUAUCACGUUUAUUCUUCCAAGUUUUUUCAAGAUUUUCCGGGCUGCCACCUAAGUUUUGUGGAUAGCUCAAACAUGUAUCGAAAACAGUUCGAUGAAGCCAAGCUGCAGGAGAACGGAUACGUUGAAACCGAUCCUUCUGGUCGAUACGGUCGAUUUGAAGAAAUUCUCGGAAAAGGUGCAAUGAAAACGGUGUACAAAGCAAUUGAUGAGGUCCUUGGAAUGGAGGUGGCCUGGAACCAGGUAAAACUCAACGAGGUGCUCCGGUCGCCAGAGGAUUUGCAGAGGCUGUACUCUGAAGUUCACCUCCUUAGCACCCUCAAUCAUGACUCUAUCAUAAGAUUCUACACCUCCUGGAUCGACGUUGACCGGAAGACCUUCAAUUUCAUCACUGAAAUGUUUACUUCAGGAUCUCUCAGAGAAUACAGGAAGAAAUAUAAACGAGUGGACAUCCGAGCCAUUAAGAAUUGGGCUCGCCAAAUAUUGCAGGGUCUUGUAUAUUUGCAUGGUCAUGACCCUCCGGUUAUUCACAGAGACCUUAAGUGUGACAACAUCUUUGUUAAUGGCCAUCUUGGACAAGUCAAGAUUGGUGAUUUGGGGCUUGCAGCGAUUCUCCGAGGAUCCAAAUCAGCCCACAGUGUCAUAGGCACCCCCGAGUUCAUGGCACCAGAAUUAUAUGAAGAGGAUUACAAUGAACUUGUUGAUGUCUACUCCUUCGGCAUGUGUGUUCUAGAGAUGCUUACAUCUGAAUAUCCAUAUAGUGAAUGUUCCAAUCCAGCUCAAAUUUACAAGAAAGUGACUUCGGGGAAGCUACCAGGGGCAUUCUACCAGAUUCAAGACUUGGAUGCGCAGAGAUUUAUUGGAAAAUGUCUAGUAAAUGCUUCUAAGAGAUUAUCAGCAGAAGAACUGUUGCUUGACCCAUUUCUCGCUACUGAUGAAGCUAAAUUGUCUCCCACGACGAGGCUUGGGAGUCCAAAGCCCUUUCUGAAUGAAAGGGAAAUGGAGAAAUUGCAUCUGAAUGAUGAUCCGCCAAGAACAGACAUGACGAUCACAGGGAAGCUUAAUCCUGAAGAUGAUACCAUCUUUCUUAAAGUACAAAUUGCAGAUACAGAGGGUUCUGCUAGGAACAUAUAUUUUCCCUUUGAUAUUGUAAAUGAUACACCAUCGGAUGUGGCAUUGGAAAUGGUGAAGGAGCUAGAGAUAACCGAUUGGGAGCCAUAUGAAAUUGCAGAAAUGAUUGAUGGUGAGAUUUCUGCUCUAGUACCACUAUGGAAAAAAUCGGACUUUCCUAGGAAUGAAGCCUACAGUACAUUUAACUUCCAAGAAGACGAUGAUGGGUCUCAUCAUCCAUUUUACUCUUUCUCCUCCUGUUCUUCAUCCCAAGUGUCACUGUCUGGCUUGAUGACACGUGGCGGCGAUUGGCUCCAAGAUGAUUUGCUUGAUGAAACCAGUUCUCAGAGCUCUUCACACUCAGGAACAUAUAAUAACAUGAGUUACUUCUCUGGAGAUGACCACAAGCCUGAUACGAGCCUUACAACAAAGAGCAAACAUGUCAGCCCAAGAAUUCGCAACUCAACUAGAUUUUGCAAUGAGGAAAGUUCAAGAAGCGGACAGUCAAUAGCUAGGAAUUGCUAUAACCAAUACAAGGCUUUGGAAUCACAUGCAUCUAGUCCUAAACAUAGGGGAGUGAUGGACCACCGAAAAUUAACAAGGAAUCGGUCGCUAGUAGAUAUUAGGAGCCAACUGCUACACCGAUCAUUAGUGGAAGAGGUGAGUAAGAGACGGCUGUUUAAGACAGUUGGAGCUGUGGAGGAUAUUGGGUUUCAGGCACCUUGUGAGGUUCCCACAAAAAGGACGCAGAGGACUUCAGGGAAGAAACAUGUAAAAUUCUAGCUCUCACAAAUUUUGCAGGUCGAAUGAAAGGAGUGAUCAACAGAAAAAGCUUGACUCACUGGCUGGAUUGACCUCUUAAUUAUGUGGUAAGGGAGAUUCUGAAGUUUACAUUGAGGGUAACUGUCUGUAUGAUGGCUAGCGCAAUUCAGUGUAAAUAUUAUAUAUCCUUGAUUAUGGAGUACUUUGUGUUAAAAUAGAGCCUGUUUCAGAAUAAGAUUUAUGAACAAUGAUGAUAGCAUUCUCUUUCACUGCCAGCGCCUAGGGUGAUGGAAAUGCAAAUUGUUCUUCAAAAAUAAACAGAGACAGAGACACACAGAAAUAAUGUGCAAAUCCAUUUGUUAAACAAACGAUACUAGCAAUUUUGUAUAGGCUAAUGGUGGAUGAUGCUUGCAAAUUCAACUAUUGUAAUUAUAUUCUAAGAUAGUUUUAUGA